AUGGUUAGUGUCAACACGAUUCAAUCAGGCACUGUUUUUGCAUGGUUUAUGUUUAUGAUGAUUAUGCAACGUAUUGUAAUGUUGGUUGUAGCUGGCAUAGCAGGACGUGGUAGAUCAUUUUCACCAGGUUCUCGAGUUCCUGAAGAUAAAAUUUUGAAGAGAGGUCAGGUGGAUACUUCGACGACAGAAAAUACUCAUAUAGAAUUUACUAAGGACGUACGUGUCAAUAAAACCAUCAGCAAUGAUACAGAAAAUGAUAUGUAUUUUUUAAUACUUCUAUUAGCAACUGCCAUCUUCUCUGAUACAAAAGCUGUGACUGUACAAGAACAAUUGUGUAUGGUUUGA